AUGCCGAAGCCUGCGCGCGCUGAGAUCAGCGCGCCCAGGCUUCGCGGACCUCUCCGCGAGCAGCGGCAGCGCUGCCGCUGCUCGCGGAGAGUUGCCGGCAUGCCGAAGCCUGCGCGCGCUGAGAUCAGCGCGCCCAGGCUCCGCGGACCUCUCCGCGAGCAGCGGCAGCGCUGCCGCUGCUCGCGGAGAGUUGCCGGCAUGCCGAAGCCUGCGCGCGCUGAGAUCAGCGCGCCCAGGCUCCGCGGACCUCUCCGCGAGCAGCGGCAGCGCUGCCGCUGCUCGCGGAGAGUUGCCGGCAUGCCGAAGCCUGCGCGCGCUGAGAUCAGCGCGCCCAGGCUCGCGGACCUCUCCGCGAGCAGCGGCAGCGCUGCCGCUGCUCGCGGAGAGUUGCCGGCAUGCCGAGCCUGCGCGCGCUGA